AUGAUGAUUCGAAAAGAGGAAGAUCAAAAGGAAAUAAUCCUUAAGGCAAAGGAGGUGAUAGAUGAUGAUAGUUUUCAGGAAGUUACAAGAAAGAAGAGCAGAAAAUCAAACAACAAGAAGACAACAAUGGUUACCAAAGAACCUACACCUUUACAGAAUAAUAAAUCCACUUACCAUGUUAAUGCAACAAAUCAAGAAACAUCCAAAAGAGACACUGAUCAAUCCAUAGCUCCAGAGACAGAGAUACAGGAAACGAACAAAGAAGUUCAGCAACUAAGGGUGCACAACCAACAAGCAAAGGAAGUCAAAGAAAGAAUAGAAGAAACUAGGGCAUCUACAGGACCACAAAAAGAGAAGAAGGUAGUCAUUGAGAUAGAAAGUAUCCAAGUGGAUCUAUCCAGAUAUGAUAUGCAGAAGGUGAAGCCAAAACCAAAGACAAAGAAAAUAAAACAGAAAGGAAAUAGAGAUGACAAUACAAUAGAUGGUAAACAAAGUAGUAAAGUGACACCAAUCCAAAAAGACAGAAUACAAGUCCAACAACAGGCCCCUAAUGCUACAAUGCAGAAUAGUAAGCCACAAACAUUAGAACUAGUCAUUAAAUGCCACGAUCCAACAUUGCCACCAACCUCAAAGCAGAAUUCACCUUUAACAAUCCUGGAAUCACCAGAGAACAAAGAUGGAGUUGAUAAUUCUAUCAUAAAGAAGUCUAGAAACCAGAUUCCUCAUGAGGAGUACCAUGAACCAAUGGGUCUGAAUACUGAGAGUGAUGAAGAAUCAAUAGAGGAAGAUGAAGAAGAGUAUGAGAGUAUAGAAGAUGAUUUUUCUAAUGAAGAAGAGGAGGAAGAUAGUGAAGAAGAGACUGCUAAUCUGCUUCUACAAAGUUUCACCUCACAACACUAUGACCAACCGGAAAUACCAAACAGUGUAGAUUAA